AUGUCCUGUCAGCCACAGGACUUCAAUAACUUUCUCCUUCCUAUGAAGCUCCCACCCUGCGGUAACAAAUCCGACGCCAUCGUCAGAGCUUAUGGCCCCAAACUGAUCAGCUACGAGGACGUGAAGUACUACAAGGAACUGCGGGUUCUCCUAACAACUGUAUCGAGGGCUGACCAACUGGUUUUCCUUGUCGACCUCAGUCGCCUCGACCGUCCAGGCCAUCCGGUCUGGAAGGGAGGCCUCGGCAACUGCAAGAACAAUGGCCUUGAUCUCUUUCGGACCUCUACGGAACACCAUCUUCUCAUGACCACCACCUUUCCCCGUCUCCCGAUGCAGGAGGCUGUGAAGUGGAUGUACCCUCGCUCGCUUCACUGGCAUAUGUUGGACUACGUCCGGUUUCCGGGGGCGUGA